CUCCCAUCUUGUCGCGUAGUUCAUGUUUCAGUGAACGCAAGCCUUUUUGUCCACGAUACAGCCGCCAUCAUGGGUCGCAUGCACGCUCCUGGAAAGGGUAUCUCCCAGUCUGCAUUACCAUACAGACGAAGUGUACCGACAUGGCUGAAACUCACGCCUGAGGAUUGCAAAGACCUGAUUUACAAACUUGCUAAAAAAGGCCACACUCCAUCCCAAAUUGGUGUCAUCCUUCGAGAUUCACAUGGCGUCGCCCAGGUUCGUUUCCGUACUGGAAACAAAAUCCUUCGGAUCGUGAAGAGCAUGGGGCUUGCACCUGAUCUACCUGAGGAUCUCUACUACCUCAUCAAGAAAGCGGUUGCCAUUCGCAAGCACUUGGAGAGAAAUCGCAAGGACAAGGACAGCAAAUUCCGUCUGAUUCUUGUCGAAUCGCGUAUCCACAGGCUCGCUCGUUACUACAAAUCCAAGGGAUCACUUCCACCAACCUGGAAAUACGAGAGCUCCACUGCAAGUGCUCUUGUGGCGUAACAUGUAAAACUCUUUAUUAUUAAAUAAAAACUACAAAUUUCCAAUGAAAAA